AUGCGCAUUAUAACAAACUUCGCUGCCGCCGGCCUGGCCAUUCCCCUUGCCGAGGCCAUCCUGGUCGCCCCCAACUCGCCGUGCUCUACCAACUGCGGUAACGUGCUCAGCUCGACGAGCGCCGACGACAUCGUCUGCUCGCAGAACAGCUACAGCAGCGGCGCCGGCCAGGUCUUUGACGGCUGUGUGUCCUGCGAGAUUGCCAGCGACUACUCCAACAAUGGCGAGACCGACCAACAGUGGGCGCUCUAUAACUUGAGAUACGCAACGUCCUACUGUCUAUUUGGAAACCCAAACAAUACUGAUGUCAUUACCACGCCUUGUAUCACAUCCAAGGCAUGUGGCAACUUCAAGAACGCCAUUGAGUUCAAAAACUUGUCAUCCAACGUUGACAGUUACGACUACUGCACUUUGUGGCCAGUCACCGACACUGCAGACUUUAAUGGUUGUGUUCAGUGUUUGCAAGCUGGCAGCCAAGAAUACUUGGCGAACUUCGUGACCGCUCUCCAAGCCGGAUGCGAACAGCAACCUGUUGUCGGCGUCACCAUCGGACUCGAUGGAUCCGUAUUUUCCACAGUACCCGUCAACAUCACCGAGCCGUCGGCGGUGGCCACUGCCAACCCCGCUUGGUUUGACGAUGGUCCGAUCUCCUUGGGUGCCAAGGUUGGCAUCGCCAUCGGAGGGCUCGUCUUCAUCCUAACCGUCCUCGGAUGCGGCAUCGUGUGGAACGGCAAGAGGCGCAGAAGAGCAUUCCUCCGCCAACUCGAGACCAAGCAUAGCAACGAGGGCUGGCCCUCGCCGCACCAGAGAGAGAUGCACGAGGCGCACGAGACGCACGAGACGCACGCGACACCCCUCAGCCAGCGACCUCUUCGCGGUUGGGACGACUCUCCCAUGAGCGCCACCACCACCGAGAAGACGUACCCGCGAUACUUCUCGCCCUACUCGUCGCAAUACAACAGCCCCGUGAGCGCGCAGGACGGCGGCCCCAGCAUGCAAUGGCCAGGCGCCACGCACGCUUCCCACUCGCCCUCGGCCGGCUUUGCGCUCAGCGCCGAGCUUAGCAACCGAUGGGACCCCAACCACGCCGACGCAUAUCGAAGGCAGGGAAGCGCCGAAACUUAUGAGAUGCAGGAUGUCGACGGCUCCGGCGGCGCGAGCUUCAAAGAUAGGAUGCAAGCCCGGCACGCGAUGCAGCAGGAGCCUCCGGUGCUGGCACACCCUGGCUAUGGGAGGAGCGAGAACAGCCCGCCGAGGCGGUACCCCGUGGCGGAGGAUGAUCCAAAAGUUGGGUCUGCGGCUUGA